UCAAGUGAACUGCAAGGGAGAUAAAUCGAUGUCAAAGGGGAGGUAAUAAUGUCUGGCGGAAGGAAUUAAGAGUUUUGAAACCUGGCGACAAUAAGAGAAUAAAUAUCAACUUUGGAGAAAAAAUUCAAAUAGAAGCAAAUCAUAUCUAAACUAAAAAGAACCUUCGCAGCGCGGAAAAAUCAUUUAUUGCAUAACUUUAUAUUCUUACAAGUUUUGGCACAAGGCCAGUAGAUUUUGAAGGGAGGGACUAGGUGAUUACAUCGACCCCAGUCGUAUUUAUUUGAUCAAACUCGACCGGAUUUAAGGCGCAGCAGACUUCAUUUGAAAUCCGAACGCAAGAAAUGCUCGUAAGAACUUUGUCCGGCAUACUUAGCGAUUCUAGCGGCUGACCGCCUUCAAUGAAUUCAUUUAAGGAGCAGUAUCAAGAAAGCGAAUGAUUGACCGGAAGUCGAGGAAGUGUACAUGCGCGAAUUCCAGAAAUCUAACGGAAAUGUUGACGUUGCAAUAAAUCGAAAUUUGAUUGGUCAACCGUUUCGCAUUUCCCGCGGGAGAAAUGAAAGUAGAAGUAAAGCGGAAGCAUGUGUUGGUAGAAGUGUCCGUUGUGUCUUUUGGUAUUCCAUUCCAGUACGAUAGAUUUAAUGGAACUGGAACAAAUAAUUCUACCCUACUGCCAUGACAUUUACAUUUGUCAUGAAUGUAUUUCGAUUUACACCACAAAGCCCAUGUUUGAUCUUCCUCAAUGGCUCCAUCCGAAAACAGUACUCUUGAUAUCGCAAAGGAAUCCGAGAAAGCAGAUAGCGUUGUCCAGUGUGUUACUGAGUCACUGACUGACAUUCUAGCAGGCAAUAUCAAAUUGUCUGCAUUAUCAAAAUGUUCUAAUGUCAAGCUGACCUAUGUCCUUUAUGGAAGACUGCUGGAUUAUAUCAAGAUCCAGCCUAUGAAAACAACAGAGACAUUAAUUGUCAUCCUCAAGUUUCUCUUUCCGGAUCUCGUGCCUUUCUUACCAAACCGGAUUGCUGCAUUUUCUGCAUCAAUCCGUCUCUACAUUGAACGGGCUCGCAAACUUGGUAACUUGGAAUCCAUUUACCAACCAAUCUCAAGUCUUUAUGCUGCUAAGCUUGAGGCAGAGUGGGAGGAUUUUACGAAAUGGGGAGUCACAAAAUCCAUGCUUAUAACUGGCCCAUUAGUUCCUCGGUCUGGCUCUAAAACGACUCUAGCUAAUAAGCACAUAGUAAUAUUAUGUCGCCUACGAAAUUCCUAUCAUCUCUGCUGGUUUAAAGUCGUUCCCAAAUGGCUGCAUUUCUUUGGAAUUCUGAACAGCAAAGUGUUAUUAAAACCAAUGGAUAUCAAAAGACAGUGGACACAAAUUCUUGAGCAAGCAGAGCAACUAGAAGGGGAAGAAUUAAACAUUUUCCUGGAAACACCUUAUCAGUUACCACUUCCUAGCAAAUCUCAAAGAUCUUUCAAACUGGAACAAACGAAUGAUUCUAUUCCAGCUGAUAUUUCAGUAACUUGUAAUAAUGUUGGAAAAGACACCCCCAGUUUAGCUGAUCUUCCACAAAGCAGAUGUUCUUCAUAUUGCAAAGAAAGUACUUGGGCUCAGAAUCUGCGUCAAAAAGUUGAUGAGCUCCAGUUACUUCUUGAGAAUAAAAACAAAGAAAUGACUUCUUUUCUCAAUAAACUGACUGAGAAAGAAAAGACAAUCGACUACUUAACAUUACGACUUUCUAAAAUGAAAAUCGUGAAAAAUCAUUGGUUGAUGAAAUAUCGCAGACUUGCUGGAGUCAAUCUCUUUGCAGAAGACUCUGAGUUUGAUGUGAAUUUGCAACACACUGAAAAAGUGAAGGAAAAUGCAAAGUGUAUACGUCGGACUGUGAACUUAGGGUGUUCAAAUGAGAGUUCUAAAUUUGUGGACAAGUUCUUAGAUGACGGUUUUGUUGAACAACUUUUGGAAUGUGUUAUUGCUCAUGGCUUGAACAUUGAUCUAAGUUCUAAUGUUGUUUUGAUGUUUCUACAAGAACUAGUUAUCCACAGCGAAAGGAAAUUGUUGAAUAACCUUGAGUUUUUGCAGAAUGGCUAUCUGAAUGCUGAACCAAAUGUUAUGCUGAAUUAUAACAGCUUGUCAUCUUCAACAAGCAAUGAUGACACUUUAAUAACAAACCAGGUAGGGUCAUCGACAACAUGUAACUCACCUGUCGUUAAUAACACUAACUGUCUUCACACUCCUUCUUUCUCCUCUCAUGAUGCUUUAUAUCCAGACGUUGAUGCAUCUCUCCUCAAUGAUAAAUGGUCUGAUCUAUAUGAAAAAACUUGUGAGAUUUCACAGAUAGAUCCUAAAAUUCUGUCAGAGGCAACUUCUGGGAAAAACUGCCAAGAUGGAGACUGGCCACCCAAAGUUUCUGAAACUUCACCCAUUGAAAUUCUUGAUAAUUCUAGUAUUUUGCUCAAUGCAGAACUUUUCUCUAAAAUGGCUCUGACAAAGUCUGAUUCUGUUACAGGUGAAAUUCUUCCAGAUACUUCAUACACAGCCUGGGACACAGAAAAAUCAAUUGCUGAACUUUCUAAAAAUCUUGUAGAAUCAGAUUACCCUGUUUCUGGGUUUUCCUCUACACCUAAUGAUGUUACAACAGCUUCAGAUGCGAAAAGCUUGUUUGAGAUGAACACUUCUAAAAAUCUUCAAAAAACGUUUGGUCACAAAACUCCCAUUUUCAAAGCAAAAGAUUACAAUGAAGUUGAUGAUAUCUCAACUGUUGGUGACAUCUGGUCUUACAACAAAUUCUACAAACAUAACAACAAUUAUCUUGAAGAAAAGAAUUAUUUUCAGUCUUCUGAAUUCAAUAAUAAUUACAUAGACAUAACUGCUGAUUCUGAUGGGACCAGUGACAUUGAGCCAAAACCAAAUAGCAACAGGGAACAAGACAUUGACAGAAAAGAGUCAAACAGAUUGCAUACAGAAAGAGGACAAUUAGCAGAGAAAAUUAAUGUGACUACUGAUGAGGUUUCAGGAGUAUGUACAGAUGGUUUUCUAUCAGAAACAUCAAUAAACACAAUAAAAUCUAAACCAUACCCUCUAAAAGACCCUACAAAUUUAAAGAAACGACCGCGUGGAAGACCUAAAAGUUUGAAACGCAUGAAAAUUCAAAAGACAUCAUAAAACUCCUGUUGUAAUUACUCAGAGUUCUAUUAGAAUAAAAAGUAAGGCUGUGUUUGACAAAAAAAAAUGGGGGGGGGAUAUAGAAACAUUUCACUCAAUGAUGAAAUUGUUACAGUAUAAAACAUUAAAAACAGAUAUUCAUCCUUCAGUAUAUAACUUACAUCACAUUGUUAAUUGUGUGUACAGUUAUUUCAACAAAUGUGUGUAUGUUUAUAUACACGUGUGUGUGUGUGUGUGUGUGCAUGCGCACAAGAGUGAGUAUGUGUGUAAUACAUGCACAAAUAUAUAUGUGAAUGUGUGUG